AUGUCGAACCUUUCUUCCGAAUUUUGCGAGUAUGAAGUUGAUGACCUCGAAACUCUUAUGGGUGAUGGAUCCGAACCUCAAAUCCAUACCGGAGACAAGUUUGAUCUUCACCCUCAGAGCGAAUCAACUGUCGAUUCUCUCUACGAUCUUCGCAGACUAUGUCACAUCCCUCCUGAGGUUGAGAUGAUAGUUCCGGAGCCCUUCGAGUCUCCCGAAUCGGGGCGAGAAGAUCCCCAAAUUCGACCGGCCCCAUCAAUCGAUUUUCUCAAUUUCUACAAGGCCGUCUUGGAGAGGCCAGUUAAUUGGAAUUCCUUCACUUUGGAAAGGAUUCACGGUGCCGGAUUUUCUGUUAGAAUGGGCCUAACUAAACCCGUCAACCCUCCUCCUGCUGGGAUUGAUCUCUCGAGUCUGAAUGCUCGAGACAGGAGAAAAUUCAAAGAAGCAAACAAGAAAAUCAAAGAUCAGAUUUCUGUAAUUGGGAGAGACAAGAAAAACGCAACUUCCACCGGAGACGAUAAAGUCUACCGGAAAACUCUCCUGGUUGACGAUGGAUCUCUUGAAGGUUCAAAGUCAAUGGAGGUUGCUGUGAGCAAUGCUUCUCCCUCCAUCCCAGCAGCAGACAACGUGGUUGCUGCUACCGUUGAGGAGGAAGGCCUUGCAAGUGAUUCUUCUCUCAUGAAGAAAAGGAAGGCCGAAGAACUCGAACCCCUCCCCCAGGGACGUCCCAAGAGCAUAAGGAAGGGCAGAUUCGCUCCUUUGAAUCUGCCAAUUCCUGAGCUUGCUGAAGCUCAGGAUGCUAAUCCUGAUUCAGGAACUGUUUCGAAGGAACCGCUAGGUUCAGGGAUGCUACCCCCUAAACGCCCCCGAGGCAAUACUUCUAGGGUUCGAUCAUCUCCGAGCUCGGGACUGGUUGCUAGAGCUUCGUCUCAAGCAGACAAAGAGAAGAUCGGGAAUAUGUUUAGGUGCUUCCACACCCGUGCUGGGAAAAAGCUUCCAUCCUUUGAUUGGUGGAAACCUGAUGUUAAGAGGAUGUACAUUAGUCACUCAUUCCAUUCCUCCCAGGCAACUCUGAAUGUGAAUGGCAUCGUCAACUUUUACGAAGAGGAACUUGCCAAAGUUUCCAAGAAGGUUGCCGUCGUUGAAGGAGAGAUUGAGAAACUGCAAUCUUCCAAUCGGCUUGUGCAAGAGACUGCUGGCCUUGACUCGGCUCGCCGGGAGGAAAUCGAGAAACUCGAAAGAUCCGGCGAGAUUGAGCUUCUGAGAUCGAAGCUUAACAAGGUUAAAGCAGCUACUGAGGAGCUCGAACGUAAGAAUGAAUCUCUUUCCAAACUGAAAGAUCGUGAUGUUCGUAAAAUAUCUCAUGAUGCUCGAAAGGAGGUUAAAGGAGCUAGGCAAAAGUUUCUUCUCGCUGUGCAAGAAUUUAUCGCUGCAGACAAAGCUUGGAACAAGCUUAACUCCGAACGCGAUGAAAUGAAGAGCAACCUUGAUUUGAUCAAAGAGAUAGAGGACAAAAAAAUCGAUUUGGUUGAAGAGAAAGAGACAGUUUGUGCCGAGCUAGCUGAGACUGAAGCUAAGCUAAAUACCGCUCCUCAGCCAUAUUUGAAUUUGCAGCAGUUUGCUUCUGAGUUCACUGACUCCCCUCCGCUGACUGAACCAAAUAUUGGUUCGUCUCUGGAUGAGAUGAUGUUAACCGGUUCUCCUAGCGCUCAUUUUAAUGAGUUUGGAACCAAUGUUGAUAGAAUCUCCUUCGGACAAGCUCAGGGGCCCUCUGAUAAGGGACUUGUCACCUCCUCAAUUAUGGGAGAUGAAGUUGAAUUGAGGAACGAAACUCCUCAAGAUGUCAGCUCGCUUAAUCCUGAAGUGGUUCUCGCGACUCAAGACGACGAUGUCGGGGGUGCUUUUGUCUCAAAUCAAGCAAGAGGGGAAGGCGGUUCGCCUAUGAAUGAAUGA